AUGGCUACUACCCUGGGUUCUGCAACCCAGGCCUCCUUGAGUCCUAGCUCAGUGUUUCAAGAGUAUGAUAAAGACACUGAAUUCUUCCGUCAGCGCUUCAGACAGUACCGGUCCAACGAAGCAGCCAGGCCUCGUGAUGUUUUCAACAAACUCCUGGAGCUUUGCUCUGAAUGGCUGAAGCCAAAGAUGCGUUCUAAGGAACAAAUGGUGAAGCUUCUAACUUUGGAACAAUACCUAACAAUUAUGCCCCAGGAGCUAGAGACCUGGGUGACAGAACAAUGCCCUGAGAGCACAGAAAGAAUUCUGUCACUCCUAGAAGAAAUACAGAUGAAACCUGAGACAACAGAGACAAAGCCCCAAAUUUCUGCACAGUCCUUUCAUGUCUCUUCUGCUGGAGAAAACAUAUGGAUUGAUAGUCAGGAAAAGCUCUUGGAAGAUCCAGCAGUAGUCGGAAUAGCAGACAUGAUACCAAAUACCCACCUGGAGGUACCCCCAUUCCAAGCAAUGGGAACUGUCCCCGAGGCCCCACUGGCAGAUGUGUGGAUCCCACAGGAGCCAUGCUACGGUGCUGCUGGGGAAGACCAGCCCUUUCUGGAACCUCUUGAAUACCUGUUGCCAAAGCCUGCACUCGAAGAGCCUUGGGGGCAAGAACUACGGGAUUGCAAGGAACUAGAUGAACUGGAAUUUUUUGACUUCAACCUAGACAGAAAUGCACUUCUUAAUCCCAAUUUUCCAGAAGACUUCGAAGAGCUAAACUACCUAAUGGGAAAUCCCGCAGAGCAGCUACUCAGAGACCACACAUGGCCUCUCUAUGACCAGAAUCCUUCUGCAGGAGAGAGCGCUGAGGGGUCCAACCAGGAAGAACCUCUCAACCCCAGAGGCUAUGCACAAAGCAGUGCCCCAAAGAAACUACACCAAUGUAUUCAGUGUGGGAAAGAUUUUCUUUCCAAAAAGGUUUUUAAGGGGCACCUGAAAAUUCAUUCAGGAAACCUCCCUCAUGGGUGCCCUGAGUGUGGGAAAAGAUUCCUUCGUAGGUCAAACCUGCAAAGGCAUCUUCGAGUUCACACAAGAGAGGCACCCUAUAAAUGCAGCGUGUGUGAGAAGCGAUUCACUCAGUUGUCACACCUCACAGAACACCAGAAAACCUCUUCUAGUCAAGGAGUAUCCACUUGCCCUGAGUGUAAGUUGCAAUUUUGUAAUAGAAAACAAUUUAUACAACACCUAAAAAUCCACACAAAUGGAAAACCCCAUAAAUGCCAGAGUUGUGGAAAAACAUUUAGACGCCAAAGAGACCUUAAUUUGCACUAUGCGUCACACACUGCAGAGAGACCAUUUACUUGUGAGUAUUGUGGGAAAAGCUAUAGGCAGAGAUCCAGCCUUGUUUUUCAUUCAAGAAACCAUUCCAGGGAGAAGCCAUAG